AUGUCCACCUCAAUCUUCCAACUGCCUGGUGUCGCUCUCGUUACUGGCGCAAGCCAGGGUAUCGGGCGCGCCACCGCACUUGGUUUUGCUGCCGCUGGUGUCAAAGGCCUUGUCCUUUCUGCCCGCGACGAAAAAAAGCUUGAGGACACAGCUGCUAAGGCGAAGGAGCUCGCGACCAAUUCCAGUUUCGAGACUCUUAUUGUCGUUGGCGAUAUUUCUCAGGAGAAUGACAUCGUCAAUGUCAUAAAGAAGGCUGUUGAGAAGUUUGGCAAGAUUGACUAUGCCGUCAAUAACGCAGGGGUACGUCUCGUCCAACUCUAUAUUGCACAGAAGUUUAUUCCCUUUGCGGCCAUCUCGACUGAAGAGUUGGACAAAAUGAGCAACACAAAUGCACGCGGCAGCUUUCUCUGCACUCGCGAGGAGAUCAAGGCCAUGCUUAAUCAACCUCUCAAGGAUGUAAAGGGAUUGACAAGCACAACCCCGUCUGCUGAGCGUGGCUGCAUCGUCAACGUCUCAUCCGCUACCGCGCUUGGUGCUAUGCCGAUGAGCGGAUCUUACGUUCCCACCACUUGGAGCCGGCUUGGAAUGACCAAAUCAGCAGCUGUCGAUCAUGGAGCUGAGGGAAUCCGUGUUAACUCUAUCCUGGCGGGAUAUACAAUUUCCGAUGGGUUCAUGUCUCACCCUGAUGCUACGGCGGAAUUAGGAGCCUCCCUGACCAAUUCCAACCCCAUGAAAAGGCUUGCAACCCCAGAGGAGAUUGCUGACGCUGUCAUCUUCCUCUGCAGCCCCCUCGCCCGUUACAUCACUGGCCAUGGACUUGCGGUAGACGGAGGACACUCCUCCAUGAUUUAG